GUUAUAUGUUUGUGUUCAUUCCAAUAUGAUAAAACAUAAAAAUACCCAGAUGGAGAUUCACAUUUUAACAAAAUUAAGCUGUUUGGUUAUCCUUCAAUUAAUGUAAGGAAGGCAGAUUUUUCAACCGGCGGGCGGCUGAGAACCAAAAUCUACGAUCUUAGAUAUCACCAUCACUGUUGGUAUAUUAAGAAAAAAAGAAAAGAAAAAAGAAGAAGAGAAAGCUACUUAGAUUAGAUUAGAAAGACAAACAUCUUACCAGUCCCAGACGCAGAGCAUUGGCGUGUACCUUGGGAACUGCAACACGCAGAGCAACAUUAAUAUUUAACACAGAAACCACUCUACUGAACGAACUCUGCCGCGACACAGCCGAAAAUUCCCCCUAUUACUACUACCUCCACUUUUCAAAUUUCUCUUUUGGGUCUUUUCAAUUUCCUUUUUCUUUUUUCCUUUUUCUGUGUAAUAUUAUAUAAGUAAAAGAAAAUAGGAUGAAAGGGAAGAGAAAAGCAGCCGCAGCAGCAGCACCAACAAGAAGAAGCCCCACAAACACGGCUGCGUUGAGCAGCGAUUCAUCAAUGGAGAUGGAUGAUUCUAAUAAUAAUAAAAACAACAUGAUGGUAGAAGUUGUUGUUGUUCAAGGAGGGAAUGUUGGUGAUGAGCAAUUAAAAAAAGAUUGUGUUCUUGAUACUACUACUUCUACUGUUAAUAAUAAUAAUGUAGAAGAGGAUGAAGAUGACGAUGAUAAUGAUAAUGAAGAAGAAGAAGAUGAUGACGAUGAAGAAGAGGAAAAGAAAGGAGAAGGAGGAGUAGAAGAAGAGAGGCCAAAACUCGAUGAGGGUUUUUUCGAGAUCGAGGCUAUUCGUCGAAAAAGGGUUCGAAAGGGUCAGCUCCAGUAUCUUAUCAAAUGGAGAGGCUGGCCGGAAGCCGCCAACACCUGGGAGCCUUUAGAAAAUCUGCAGUCGUGCUCUGAUGUUAUCGAUGCAUUUGAGGAGAGCUUGCGAUCUGGUAAAUCUUCACGAAAGAGGAAACGCAAACAUGGGGUUACUAAUACUCAGCCCAAGAAGAAACAGUCGCGUUCCUCUGCUGGCUAUAAUGUGACAGGUCUAGACAUUAAUGUUGUUGAUAAACUUUUGCCCUCUGCUUCUUUGAAUAACAAAACCUCUGCCGAUUCCCUCACGGGUUCAGGUCAUCAAGGAGAGAAUAAUGGAGAUGUUAGCAUUGUCAAAAUAAUCAAGAAAGCUGAUGAGAAUGGGUACAUAAAUGGAUCAAAGCAGACCUUAGACAAGAAUGAGGAUAAUGAAUAUGAUCCGAAGCUUAGUGAGCUGAGAGGGAUAGUAUCUACCAAUGAUGUUAGUGCGGAUAAUAAGCUACUCAUAAACUUCCAAGAAGAUAAUACUCCAGGAAGUGAUGGUCCUAGAAAUGGGCUUCCAAAGGUCGACUAUGCAGAUGCUGUUCAGAACAGUCGCCGCACAGGUGCUAAGAGAAGAAAAUCUGGUUCAGUAAAGAGGUUUAAAAAAGAAUCCGUCAUGUGUGAACCAGUUUGCUUACAAAGUUCACCAUUUUUCUUACAACCUUCACCAUUAAAUGUCUCAGUUGGCCUUGGUGGGACAACUGCACUAGGGAUUGAAAAUGGGAAUCUAGCAGGGAGUAAUUCCAGUUACAAGCCAGUGGGUGAAAAUUCUAUAACCAUCACCAAGAUCAUCAAGCCAAUAGGGUUUUCAGCAUCUGUGAUGGACGAUAUUCAAGAUGUGCUGGUAACCUUUGUGGCAAUGAGGUCUGAUGGGAAAGAAGUCAUUGUAGACAACAGUUUUCUCAAGGCUAAUAACCCACUUCUGUUGAUCGACUUUUACGAGCAACAUCUCAAGUACAGUACGUGAUUGUAUGGAGAUAUAGAAAGAUUGUGUGUAUGGGGAGCUGCACGAAAUGUUUCUUUUUGUAUGUGUACAGCAUUGUAAAUCUUUUAGUUGCAGGUGAUAGUGCAGGAUGAUUAAUGCUGUCUUGAUGCAGUAAUUUAAAAGUGGUGACAUAGCUGUAGUCCAUAUGUAUCUCACCCUGUACCAUUUUGUAAGGUUAGGUAGUUUGUAUUUCAUCUGCCUAUAGUUAGUAGUACACUAUUUGAACUUGCAGAUGAUUAGUUACCACUGGAUAGUAUUGUCAUUGGAUGUAGAAAUUAAUGUCAUUUCCUAUCAAUGCCAUCUUUGUUUCAGCCUCA